AUGGCCGCAGAUGCGUCGCAAAGGAAGGCUCUGAGAUACAAGCAAACCCUGCUCUAUGGGGAGUACCAAGAGAACCGAGGAGGCUCCGGCCGGUGGGAGGCCACGCGCCUGCUGACCGAGAGGCAGAUCAAGAAACAUGGCAGCCAGCCCCGCGGCGGCCACGGCACGCCGCGCCACGGCAGGACGAGGAACCGGCGGCAGUCCGACGCGGAAGAGGACGGCGACGGGGAAGCGGCGGAACCCGACCUCACGUCCUCCAUGAAGAAGAAACGCUCCUACUCCAAAUGCAGAGACUGCAUCGCUCGGGUCCAGAGGUUCCUCGUGACCCGGCUGGGUGAAGACUGGAUCUUCCUGGUUCUGCUGGGCAUCACCAUGGCUCUGAUCAGCUGGACCAUGGACUACGCCAGCGCCAAGAGCCUCCAAGCCUAUAAGUGGAUCCAUGUGGAGUUGAGGGGGAACGUCCCCCUGCAGUACCUGGCCUGGGUUUCAUAUCCUCUGAUCUUCAUUCUGUUCUCCUCCCUCUUCUGUCACCUGGGUCCAUUCGUCCACAUAGCCAGUAUCUGUGCUGUGGUGCUCAGCAGGUUCAUGUCCUUCUUCUCAGGAGCCUAUCAGAACCCGUACUGCUACACGGACAUCCUGACGGUGGGCUGCGCGGUGGGGGUGGGCUGCUGCUUCGGGACUCCACUCGGAGGUGUGCUCUUCAGCAUCGAGGUGACGUCCACGUACUUUGCCGUGAGGAACUACUGGAGAGGAUACUUCGCCGCCACCUUCAGCGCCUUCAUCUUCAGGGUGCUGUCCGUGUUCAACAAAGACGCAGUGACCAUCACCGCUCUGUUCAGGACCAACUUCCGCAUGGACUUCCCCUUUGACCUCCAGGAGCUGCCGGCCUUCGCCAUCAUCGGGAUCUCCUGUGGGUUCUUGGGGGCGUUCUUCGUCUACCUCAACCGACAGGUGGUUCUGUUCAUGAGGCGACCCAACGCCAUGACACGCCUCCUCACCAAGCACCGGCUGAUCUUUCCUGCCGUGGUGACGCUCGUCAUCGCCACGCUGACCUUCCCUCCCGGCUUCGGACAGUUCAUGGCGGGAGAGCUGAUGCCCAGGGAGUGCAUCAACUCUCUGUUUGACAACCUCACCUGGACGAAGGUGUCGGGCUCCCCUCCCCCGGCCGGCCUGGGCCUGUCGGCCGCCUGGCUGCACCCCGACGUCAGCGUGUUCCUCACCCUGCUGCUGUUCCUGGUCAUGAAGUUCUGGAUGUCGGCCGUGGCCACCACCAUGCCCAUCCCCUCAGGGGCCUUCAUGCCCGUGUUCAUCCUGGGUGCCAUCUUCUCCAUCUUGAUCUUUUCCUCCUGCCUCAUGAUCUCUCCCCCUCUUUCCUCGUUUGUUCCUCCUCCUCCUCCCCCUCCUCCACCCUCCUCUUCUUCAACGCUCCUCCCCUCCCCAGGAGCGGCGGCGCUGACGGGCGCCGUGACGCACACGGUGUCCACGGCGGUGAUCUGCUUCGAGCUGACGGGUCAGAUCUCCCACAUCCUGCCCAUGAUGGUGGCGGUGAUCCUGGCCAACAUGGUGGCCCAGGGCCUGCAGCCCUCGCUCUACGACUCCAUCAUCCAGGUCAAGAAGCUGCCCUACCUGCCCGAGCUCGGCUUCGGCCACAUGAGCCAGUACAACAUCGUGGUGGAGGACAUCAUGGUGACGGAGGUGAAGUUCGUGUCGUCUCAGUCGUCGUUCAGAGAAGUCAAACUCCUGCUGGACUCGUCCUCCCUCAACUCCAUCCCCCUGGUGGACUCCAAGGACUCUAUGAUCCUGCUGGGCAGCAUCGACCGGCUGGAGCUGCUGGCGCUCUGUGAUUGGUGGCUGUCUGCGGAGCGGCGGCUGCUGAUGCAGGGUCAGAACCUGUCCCAGAAACACAGCUGGGAGUCCUUCGCCUUCGUGGACGAGGAGGAGGAAGAGGAGGAUGACGGAGAGAAGGGCGGCCCGGUGCCGGAGGAGAGGAACGGACCCCUGACACCCCCCAAGCCUCAGGACACCUCCUCCAACCACACGGCUGCUGCUGAAAAAGGUCCUCUUCUACAGUCUGUGCAGAAAACACUCAGGAAUCUCUUCACCUCUAAGAGCAAACAGGCAGAGGGACAGGCACAGGAGCCGUCUCCUCCUCCCCCCCUGGCGGACACGAUGACACCAGAGGAGGUCAAAGCGUGGGAAGAGGUAGAGGUGAACACGCCGAUGGAAAUCAAUGAGAUCCGAGUCGACCCGUCGCCUUUCCAGCUGGUCGAGAGAACGUCGCUACACAAGACUCACACCUUGUUCUCUCUGCUGGGGCUCAGCCACGCCUACGUCACCAGCAUCGGGAAGCUGGUGGGAGUGGUGGCCCUGAAGGAGCUCCAGAAGGCCAUUGAGGGUUCUACCCGUUCUGGUGUCCGUCUCCGUCCUCCUCUCGCCAGUUUUCGCGACAUCAGCAACCGCAACUCUGUUCCCAAAGCUCCACCUUCCUCUACCGCUGCUCCUCCCUCCUCUCCCUCCUCCCCCUCCUCUCCCUCCUCCACCUCCGCCUGCCCUCCCUCAGCUCCAACCCCUCCCCAGCCUCCACCUCCCUCUCCCCAACUCCAUCUACAGGAGAAUGAAACGGAGGUGAGGAUCGAGGGCGUGACCCCGGAGGAGGAGGAGGAGGAGAGUCACCUCCCUCCUCCUCCUCCCUCCUCCAGCCCCCCCUCCACCCAGAGACUCCUCCAGGAUGAAGACAGUGACGAUGAGCCGAUGGUGUAGUUUUAUGAAGCUGAGUUUCUCCUUCUGCUCUUCAUGUGUUGCUCUGACCUCUAGUGACCUUUAGGCCCAACGCCACGCCCCUUUCUG